AUGAAUGCAUCAUCAGAUCGCAAAAAACCGCCUGCUGAAUCACAAAGACACUCACGUGAAUCUCGCCAUCCGCACAAAUAUCGCACAAGACCAACAGCGAAAGUUGAACCGCAUCGGAUUUCAGACCAUCGUGAGGCUUCAGUGCGUCGAGCGCCGGAUGUGCCUCAUAGGGGAGUCAAAUAUUUCAACUGGUAUCCUGCGAGCAGUUCGACCGAGGACAAUGAGGAUACGUUUAAUCUGGAUGUGCGGUCCCCCACGGAGGGUGACAUACCACAGUGGCAAGACAGUCCCUCAUGUGUCAGAACAAGGGUCAUUCCAGAGAUAUCCUCUGUACACCGUGAUCUGCCUUUGCCUCCACUCGCACAACCGUGUACUGCCCAGCCGAAACCCUGCACGACAACUCUUGUAAAUGAAUCCAGCCAUCCUGAAGAAUUUUUGGUGAACAAGUCUAUCGCUAGCCGGCACAUCGCGGCGCCAGUUCCAAAACCAGGCACUGGUGCACGGACUGGUGACUCGGCGGUGUGGGCUGGGGUCGUCGCUCUCGGGACCAGUCCCGUAGUUCCGGUUGGUGGCGCGACCACAGAGUAG